AUGGUCGAAGACUAUAAUCAGCCUUCUCUGUUAUUUGAAGAUCAAAUUUCUAAUCAGGAAGAUGAUUUGGCUAAGAUAUGGCGUCAUGUUUGGAAACUUAAUAAUAGAGAUGCUUACUUAACACUCACAGGCUUAACAGCCGAUGCUUUACUGAAAGACAAAUACGGUGUUUUGCUUCGAGUUGUCGAAAGCUAUUUGCCACAACUUAAAGCUACUAAUGGAUUUCCAUCUCGUAAAAUUUUUGCCGCUAAAUAUAUCACAUUUUUACUCCUCCAAUUAAAUAUUAAUGAUGAAGUUGACCAGAAGAUCUUCAAUGACUUGACCAUAGGACCAUUGAAAGCCGCAUUCUCUAUGCUCUCAUCAAUAGAGAAUAUUGAAAAAUUUUUGCCGCUCGCUUCUCUUGCUUGCACUUUGCAAAGGGACAGUGAUGUGGUUAAAUCUAUUGAUAAAUCCAAAACUCUUGCUACUCUACUUGAGUACGCCUUUACAGAAAAGAAAUCUGCUUCCCUUAGUGUUUUGGCAAUCAAUAGAAAAAUCCGGCGCUCGGCUGAAACCUCCAUUCCCGUAUUCCAAGUUAUCUUAAGUCGUUUGGAAUUUCAAAUUAAUGAAAUUGAAGGAGAUUUGAUCGAUACCCUCAUUAGCAACCUGCUGUCAUCGAAUUCGAAAACUCGUAACGCAACAGUUGCAUCUUUGGUAUCCCUGGUGAAAUUGUCCAAGAAUCCUGACCUGAAGUUUACAAUCUUCAAAAAGGUUAGUGCGAAAUUGAAUGGUCCUGAAGGUCGCCGAUCAUCUACUGAUGUGAAUUUAUCUCUUCUCGAUGCUCUGGGUAGUCUUUCACACCCCCCUUCGACAAAUACCAGUUUUUACCCUGAUGUUCUAAAGGGUUUCUUGGAUAUUAUCUACUCUGAAGGUAAUGAGGAUAUUCUUGAUUCAGCCGUUAAACAAUUGAGUCGUUGGAUGAAUCUUCCGAAAUUUACUUUCAACGAAAAGGCUCAAGCGUUGUUUAAGGAUAAGCUCUUUGCAAGUCAGACAUCGCAUCGGGUGAAAAUGGUCAUCUUCCGCUUUCUGGAUGAGGUCUGUCGAUCAACUGGCAAACUUCCAAAAGCCUACAUUCCUCUCCUCGCAACAACGGCUCAAUCUGCCAAAAAGGAACCUCCAGUGUCUGAUGCUGUUAGUCGUGCUUUGGCCGCUGCUUGUCUCUGGCUUAUGAACACUAGCCAACCGAGCAAAUUGCCAGAUGCAAUUUGGACUGUUUUGGGCGAUCUCAAAGUUACUCAAUCGACGAGUCAAGAUGCCCUCCCGAAUUGGCUUAAAGAUCGCUUCCUGCUUAAGGCUUCUUCUAACGUUCAUUCCUAUCUCAUCUCCUGUAUCUACAUUCUCUUUACCAAUCACUCUAGUGCAUUGUCUAAUGAACAGAAGAAUGCCUUUUAUCGCGUUCUCAUGCUCCUUUGGCUCUACACUGACUCGCAAGAAGUUUUAGCCGAUCUUCGAUGUUGCUUGUUUAGUAUUCUAGCCAACGAGCGAAAACAUGACAAUACCAUCGCCCACAAGGUGAUCAUUGAUACUCUCAAUCCUCUGGUGAUGGAGUCCUUGGACAAAAAAGGCGAUCUCUUGUCCACAGCACUGAACAAUCAGUCUCGUUUUGGCCGACGUCUUAUCCAACUUGUCUCUCUGAUGGUAACAGUUGGGUCGUCCACCAAUCUUAAGUUCAAGACUGCUAUGUUUGCCAACUCGAGGCUUCCCGCUUCUUCUGAGGAGUCUAUUUUGAAGGAGCUUUCGAUUAGCGAAAAGUUGAGUCUGUUCUGUGCUGCUCUAUGUGGAGUGAGCCAUCCUGCUACAAUCGAAAUCGAGAAACGACCCUGGCUUCAUUUCCUGAAGAUCAUCGGUCUACCACUCCAAGACUGUGAUAUCAAGAAUGUAUUCAGCGAAAAAGAUUGCACCGAGUCUUUUAACAAGGUUGUUGAUCGUCUUCUCGAACUUCCAAAACUCGAUGCGGCUCAUCGCUUGAUGCUCCAGCGACUUAUUCGUUGGUCCCCAAUGAAAUUCGCAUCUUGUCUUGCCUCAAAACUCUCUUUAGAGCUUUCCAGGGAUGAAUUCCUUCGAGUCACCACAGAUGAGGUUGGUAUAAUGAUAACUGAACCGGGCAAGCUCUAUAAUCAAGGUCUCUUGGACACCUUCCCCCGCUAUCAAACCAACAAAGCUAAUGUCAAAAAGGAGAAUAAGCUUUACUCUCUCGACAUUCAACUUGAUAUUAUAGAGGCUCAAAAGCAGAAACAAGAAAAAGAAGCAAAGGAAAAAGAUGCUGAUUUCCUCACCCUGCUGGCUACUCAACUCACUGCAACUCAACUGGAUAUUGUCAAAGCUGAGAUGGCUAAUGAGGCUGAAAUUCGCACCCGUGUUUCUAAAAUCUUCGUCCAAGGUAGCCAUAUGAUGGACGUUCUUACUGUUCUGAAUGAUACCCUUCUUCAUUGGAAGCCUGAAGAUCAUUCAAUCCGACUGGAAUUCCUUAUCCAAAAUGCAUCAAACCUCUGGAAUGCUCUGACGUCUCAUCUUCAAAAGCCGCUCCUUUCAGUUCUUGCUAUCGGUGCUCAGAGUCGGCUUGGUCGAUUGAUGGCGGAAGUAGCGAUAUCUCACUCCGUUAAAAAUGCUAUGGUUCGAAGGCAGAAAGCGCGUUGUUACGCGGCCUGGGCGAUUCGAAUUCUCUCACCUUGUCGAGUGUUGUCGAAGGAUAAUGCCCCACCGUCUCCUUCGUAUCUUUUUGCGUCGUUUGCUGAUGAAGCUUGUGUCUAUGCGGAAAAUGCUGAGUGGGACUCUAUUUGCCAUGCACAUAGCUUGAAACAUCAGACAGAAGCUAUCAAUGAAAUGCUGGUCAAGGAGGUUGAGAAGCGAGAUCCUGCCGGAGGCGUCAUUGUUUCAGCAACAAUUCCAGUCUUUGAUCAAAUCCUAAGUUUUUAUACCAACUUCGUAUUCGAUCCUGAAAACAUGGAGGAUGGGGAGGACGAAAACAAGCGAUGGGCAAUGUGUCAACAUCAUGGCAACUUCCUCCUAUCCAUCUGGAAACACGUCCGAAUGUCAGACGAUAUUGCCGACGCAAUGGAGACAAAUUCUCAACUCUGUAAAUCUCUGGGAUUCGAAAUUAUUUACAAAUUUCUUCUUCAUCUUAUCGAGAAGCACUGCCUGGCAAUUGAGCUGAAUUUGAUUUCACCGACGAAUAAGAAUGAUGAAAAUCUAUCAGCGUUUGCGAACGAUGUCUUCCAGAGCACAAUAAAGCUGCAUAUCAGCUUUCUGUUAUAUCAUCUUAAGUGUGUUCAAGUAAAUAGAGAGACGUUGUUGAUAUCACUUACUCCCGUUCUCUACUUCCUCAUGGACAGACUUGUGGCGAAAACACAUUUCUGUAGAUCUUCUACUCUCACGGCUAUGAUUAACUUUGCUAAUCACUUCCCCGAUCUCUUCACACUUACUUUCUCUCCACAAAGUACUACUACUAGUGCUGAGAAUAAUGAAAACGAAGAACUGGCAGAGGAGCAGCUGCAAUCGUCUGAAGCUGACGCUGCUUCCACCACCACAGCCAACAAAGUCACCAAAUCUGCAGGUGGAAACCUAAAUAAGGCCCAGAAGAAGAAAAAGAAGCGUGCAGCCUUGCAAGCCGAUGCUACCAAAGCCCUUGGCGAUGGACUCCUAAAAAUGGAUAAGAGCAUAGCCGAUCCCUCUAACUGGCCUACUCUCAGUGUAAUUGCCAACUCUCAACUAAGACUCUUCAUUUCACGAUGUGACCCCUUCUUAGAGGUCGCUAUUGACUCUGAUAGACUCUGGACUACUGUCGGUUUUGAGGAGAAUUGCGAGUCGUCUGAGGUCGUUGACACUGUCUCAUCUGAGGAGAACGAGAAUGAUGGUGAUAACGAUGCACAGAAGAAGCUUAAACGAUUUACUCUCCUUAAUCAUCCCAAAAAUCCCUAUACGUUGCCUUCGACUGCACUUGCUACACGUCUUCUGCUGGAGUGCUUACAAAAAGCUCCGGAUGUUCAACAAGCAGCUGCAAGUGCUCUCCAGAGAUGUCUUAAUGGGAAACCGCAGGAAUCGAUUAACCAUGUUCUUGAUUACUGGUUGAAUAUUUACUGCUGUCUUAUAGAGAAACCUCAACCGAAAACGGAUGUCCAUGGAAAGCCCAUUAAACAGGUCCCACCAAAGUAUACCAAACAGCGAGUUGGAAUGGCACGAGCUCUUGAGGCAGUUGUCAGCUGCUCACGCACUCCUGGCUACUACCUCGCUUCAGAUCGUGAGAACCUCUCUUCCACUAUUGAUAACAACGUUGCAAAUCAACAGCCAUCGCCUAAAGCCGGAGCUUGGUUGGGCAAAAUCUUCCAAUUCCUCGUCGAUGAAGGUCUUCAUGAUCCACAGGAAGAGGUUCGAUGUGCUCUACUUAGAGCUGGUUUGGCGGCUACGCAGAAUUAUGGUGUUACGAAUCUGCAACAGCUACUGACCAUCUUAGAGGCCUUUUUAAACAAGGCACCGAAUGUGGCGGAAUUGGAUAUGGUACGACAGUCAGUUGUGGUUCUACUGGGAUCUUUGGCGAAGUUCUUGGAAAAGGACGAUCCCCGUGUGAUGAGCAUUUUCAAUAAACUACUCUCAGCUGUUAGUUUUCCUGCUGAUGUGGUUCAAAAGGCAGUGGAAGAUGCUCUUGCACCUCUCGCCCCUAAAAUACCCGCAGAACAGUUGGAGAAAGUAUUUCCUCGUCUCAUGAGUACCCUCUUCUCUUCUCUCAGUUAUCCAGAACGUCGUGGCGCUGCCUAUGCUCUGGCUGGUAUCAUCCACGGCAUCGGUAUUUCUGCUCUCAAACAGCGCGGCAUCAUUGAUCGUCUUUUGGCUAGUCUAGAUGAUAAGAAUGCCAAGUUUAGGGAAAGUUCUCUCUUUGCAUUUGAACGGCUGUCUCUCGCUCUAGGUCGAUUGUUCGAGCCCUACAUUGUGAAAGUCAUUCCUCAAUUGCUCAGUUGUUUUGGCGAUAAUAAUGCCGGUGUUCGAGAUGCGGCUUCCGUGACUAGUCGAGCAGUUAUGAGCAAACUCAGCGCUCACGGUAUCAAACUCAUUCUUCCGAUUCUCUUGAAGGUAAUUGAUGAGGAAAAUCCCUGGAGAACUAAGUGCCAGGCUGUUGAAGUGCUUGGAACUAUGACCAGUUGUGCACCCAAACAGCUCUCUGCCUGUCUACCACAAAUCGUGCCUCGUAUCCUCAAGGUUCUUGUUGACUCUCAGGAGAGUCUGAAGAAGGCUGGAGCUCAAGCAUUGGAACGAAUAGGAACUGUUAUUCGUAACCCCGAAGUUCAAGGUAAGUGA